AUGUGUAAAACAGAUUUGGAUGUGGUGGAUGUAGAGGUGCGGGAUGCAGAGGUGAAUGUGGUGGAUGUAGAGGUGCCGGAUGCAGAGGAGCUGAGAGAAGACAACAGCGUUUUGAUGGAAACCAAGUCCAUGGUGGAGGAACAGCUGACCAUUGCUCGGGCCUGGGGUGAUCAAGUCCACGAGCUGGAGAAAGAAAACCUGCAGCUGAAAUCGAAGCUUCGCACCCUGGAGCUGGCCCAAGACACAGACCAGAAACACACUGAGGAACUCAUAGAAAAGAACAUGGUCCUCGAGAUUGCGCAGAAACAGCGCAUGAGCGAGUCCGCCCACCUGGUCUGGGAGCUGGAGCAGCUGUCGGAGAACAUAAACCUGUCGGAUGACCUUUCAGAUGCCUCCAGGAAAUCGUUUGUGCUUGAGCUGAAUGAAUGUGCCUCCAGCCACAUCCUGAAGCUGGAGAAGGAGAAACAGAGCCUGCAGAGCACCAUCCAGGAGCUGCGGGACGCGUCCCUGGUCCUGGAGGAGCGCAGCCGCCAGUGCAGGGGGCUGGAGGAGGAGAAGCAGCAGCUCAGCAAGAAGGUGGAAAAGUUGCAGACCCAGCUGGAGAGAGAAAAGCAGAGCAACCAGGAUUUGGAGACCUUCAGUGAGGAGCUGAUCUUAGAGACAGAGCAGUUGCGUUAUGACAUGCAGACCCGGACAGCUGACAGCGCCAGGCAGAUCCAGCUUCUUGAGCAAGAAAAGGAUCAUCUCAGCCAAGCAAUGCGGUUGCUGCAGGAGAGGUCACAGGCCGGCAGUGAGGCCCGCAUGAAGGACAUCGAGAGCGAGAACAGAGUCCUCCACCAGACGGUGACAGAGACCAGCAGCAAACUCAGCCAGCUGGAGUUGGAGAAGCAGCAGCUGCUCUGGGACCUGGAGCAGGUGAAGGAGAAGGUGAAGCGGAUGGAGGAGCUGGAGAAGGAGCUACACCGGCAGGAGAAGGAGAACGAGAAGCUGGCCGAGAAGUUCACCUCCCUGAGCACCACGGCCACCGAGAAGAUCGACGCCCUGGAGCGUGAGAGCCAGGAUCUGACGCUGGAGAACCAGGAGCUGAGCAGGUCUCUGCACACCCUGCGGAACACGUCGGUGCAGCUCGAGGAGCUGGAGCGGGACAACAAGCAGCUGAAAGAGGAGAACCUGGAGCUGCGCAGGAUGGUGGAGACCGUGAGCUUCACGAAGGCCAAGAUGGCUCAGGUGGAGGCAGAGAGCCAGGAGCUUGAGCAGGAGGAGGAGCAGAGAAGCGAGGAGCUGAAGGCCCUGAGCACGAAGUCGGGGAGCCUGGAGCUCAGCUACCAGAGCGGGAGCCCCGAGAACCUGCAGCUGCUGCCGACCCUGGAGACCAGCGGCCAAAAGUCGCAGGCCCUGCAGCACGAGCUCGGGGAGCUGCAGGCAGAACACCAGGCCCUGCAGCGGGACCUGGAGACCCAGCAGCUCGCCAACAAGCCGCUGGAGAGGUCCGAGGACAGGAAGGCCCUGGAGCAGGAGGUGGCCCGGCUGGAGAAGGACAAGAAGCUGUUGGAAGAGGAGGUGAAGCAGCUUCAACAGCAAGUGGAGCUGAAGGACGUGGUCUUGGAUGACAGCACUGCCAGGCUGUCCGCAGCUCUGGACAAGGAGAUGGCAUGCUGCAAGGACGCAGCCACCAAGCAGAAGGAUCUGGAGAAGGACAACAGAGACCUCACCGAGCAAGUCCCCAUGCACAUGAGGACGUUGAGUGAGAUGAGCUGGGUGCAGGCAGCCCCUCCACGGGGAACGGCUGGGGUCAGUUUCCUGUACCAGCAGCUGAAGGGGGAGCACGAGGGGCUGCACAGCCACAUCAAGGAGCUGGAAACCUCACUGAACAGCUCGAAGCUGGGGCUGAGCCACCGGCAGGGUCGAUGGACAAACCACUGGAUUGGAGCCAAAGCCUUAGUGAAAUUCAUGAAACGGAAGGAGGAGGGUGGCAGUGAGCAUCUCACGUCAACCUCAGGCAGCAUGCCCUGGCCACUGGAGUCCUCAGAACAGGCCAUGCCCUCCACUUCUCAGCCUCUGCAGGCUCAGCUGGAGCCUCUGCAGUCCACCCCAUACUGCUCCCACUGGGUAGAAGAGGGAGGCACCCCCACAAAGGACGCUCCCCGUUGCCGGGAUGACCUGCUGAGCGACUACUUCAGGAAGGCCAGCGAUCUGCCCACCCCGACCCCCGGAGGCCAGCCGGGACCACCCGCCAGGAAGGAAGGGGCCCGGGUGCCCGCCCACUCUGUGGCCCCCGCCUUCAAGCUGGCUGUGAGCCCCUCCGAGGGGAAGCUGCUGGCCCCGGGGCAGUACGCGAAGCCCAACUUCAGGCCUGCUGAGGCCGCAGCCGCUCCCAGUGCCCCCCUGAGGCAGGCCCUGCCCCCCCAGCCCCUCUCGGGGCAGACCCGGCAGGCGCCGGCGGCCCCCACGGCCCACGCCCCUGCCAGCGGGGCUGCGGCCCUGACCCGCGCCUUCAGCCUGGCCUCCGCCCACCUGCUGCGGGCCAGCAGGCCGGAGGCCUUCAGACAGGAGUCUCCUCAGAACCCUGGGCAUUCCGAGAACUCGGGGGGCAGAGAAACCCACCCCCUGCAAAGCUCCACACCCCCCAGCUCCCACAGCCUGGCCCAGGAGAGGACCCCCCUCGUGGGAAAGCUUGGUGGCUCCUGUCAGGGCCCCGGGCCCCGAAGCCGGCCACUGGACAUGAGGCGCUUCUCACUGGCUCCCCCAAAGGAGGAGAGAGCCCCCCUGCAGCAGCCCGCCCCGGCCCCGGCCCCUGCCCUGGAAGGGGGCAGCAGCUCCCAGCUCCAGCACCUCGCGCCUGCUGCAGCCCCAGCCGCCAGGACCAAGCCCCAGACCCCCCAACACUCAGGGGAAGCAACCAUCGUUGCCCCUGGCCGGGUGGGGCACAGCCUGUCACAGGGGGACAGGGUCCCAGGACAGGGCCACCGAGAGGGCUGCCCUGCCAAGAGCCCUGGCAGGUCUCCAGACGUGGCUCCCCACGCCCGCCGGGAGCGUGUGCGAGAGCGUGUGCACCCCUGA